AUGACUAAAGAAACAAAACCACCAUUGGAUUCUCGAAUAGGUAAAGAUUCCCCAUUUGAAUUUGGUCAAAGAUAUUUAGAAAAUGAAGAAGAUGUAUUUAAUCAUAAUGCAUGGGAUCAUGUUGAAUGGGGAGAAGAACAAAUUCAACAAGCUAAAGAAUUAAUUUCAAAACAAUAUGAACAUCCAGUUAAAGAAUUUGAUAAAAAUUUAUAUAAUUCAAAUCCAGCUAAAUAUUGGGAUAUUUUUUAUAAACAUAACAAGGAAAAUUUUUUUAAAGAUCGUAAAUGGUUACAAAUUGAAUUUCCUUCAUUAUAUAAUGUUACAAGUAAAGAUCAUCAAGAACCAACUACAAUUUUAGAAAUCGGUUGUGGUGCUGGGAAUACAUUCUUUCCAAUUUUAAAUCAAAAUAAAAAUCAAAAUUUGAAAAUAUUUGGUUGUGAUUAUAGUAAAGUAGCAGUUGAUUUAGUUAAAAGUAAUGAAUCAUUUGUUGAAAAUCACGAAAAGGGAGUUGCUUAUUCUUCAGUUUGGGAUUUAGCUAAUCCUGAAGGUAAAUUACCUGAAGAUCUUGAACCAAAUUCUGUUGAUAUUGUAAUCAUGGUGUUUGUCUUUCUGGCUUUACAUCCAGAUCAGUGGAAACAAGCCGUUGAUAACUUAUCUAAAGUUUUGAAACCAGGUGGUGAAAUAUUAUUCAGAGAUUAUGGUAGAUAUGAUUUGGCUCAAGUAAGGUUUAAAAAAGGUAGAUUAUUAGAUGAUAAUUUUUACAUUAGAGGUGACGGUACUAGAGUUUACUUUUUCACUGAAGAAGAAUUGGAACAAAUCUUCGUUACUGAUGGACCAUUUAAGAAAGAAAAGAUUGCUACUGAUAGAAGAUUGUUGGUUAAUAGAAAGAGACAAUUAAAGAUGUAUAGAAAUUGGUUGCAAGCUGUAUUUAAAGGAUAA